UAAACUGUACAAAUCAGUUGUCAGUGCUUUGACUCUUCCUAGCGAACAGCACCACUGACACCGACAGGAUGCCACAAACUGAGAUGGAAGAGAAAUUCCUCACUGAAGCAUCCAUUUUUACGGCUCGAGGAGACUCCUGGCGUCUGGAGGUUGAUGAAAGCAUUGAUCUUGACCACCCGAAAGCUGGCUGGAAGCAGUACUCAGACAACACAAGUGCAUGGUUCGAAUGCAGAUGGUGUAACAGACGCUGGCCUUCCAAUUGGGUGAGGGUAGUCUUCAACAUGCGCCUGACAAACAACCAGGGCGUUGUCAAGGUGAGGCUCUACCGUCAGAGCUGCAAUCAUUGCCUUGGAGCUAAAAUGGAGGAGCCCAGCAUCAGCUCCGACAACAUCGACAUCCUCCUGGAGAAUCUGCUGGAGAAUAUAAGAAUAGAGUGCUACGGUGAAGACCUGGUCAGACGGAACAGACAAGCCGUCAGCCUGGAUGUCAGAAGUUCCCAUGACCCGCAUAAUUGUCAGGGCUGUAGGGAUGGCAUCUGUGGAGGGACCUCGUUUUCUUAAAGUCAGCCUUUAAAAGUAAAAAAAAAAAUUCAAAGUUUGUUUAAGGCUGUCUAGAGCUUAAAUGAUUUGUGCCUCCUCUAUUAGCAAAGCAUCAGUUGU